AUGGACGGGCGCGACGAUCAGGACCACCUGGAGUUCAUCAUGCGCCACCAGGGAAUGGGGAUGCUGGGCUUCCCCGUCGCCCGCAGCGACAGCGAGGAGGCGCCGGGGUCGUCGGAGUCGGAGCCGGCGGCGGCGAGGCCACGCGGCAAGAGGGCCCGCGCCGCCGAGGUGCACAACCUCUCCGAGAAGAGGAGGCGGUGCAAGAUCAACGAGAAGAUGAAGGCGCUGCAGAGCCUGGUGCCCAACUCCAGCAAGACGGACAAAGCCUCCAUGCUUGACGACGCCAUCGAGUACCUCAAGCACCUUCAGCUCCAAGUGCAGAUGUUGUCUAUGAGGAAUGGUCUGUAUCGGCCCCCGGUGAACCUGCCAGGACGAGCACCUGAGCCUCUACCAACAUUGCAAAUGUGUACCGCAGCGAUGAACCAGAACAAUGCCGAAGCAUCGAACCCAGCAGCUGACAUGCUGCCUAUGACUCAAACUUUUGAAGCAAUCUCAGGAACUCGACAUUCGUUCGAUCCUUUGAAUCUGGACCGGCGACAUCAGGAACCUCUUGUGUUACCAAGCAUUCCUUGCACCACCACUUCAGAACCUCGGUUCCUUCUCGGGUCAUCACAGCCCCACCUUCAAUCCCUUCAGCUGACCGUAUCUGCCGAGAUGAUCCUUCAAGACGAGGAAAUGUUAAAGCAUCACCAGAGUUCAGCCCAAGAGAUCACCUCCAUUCCAGGGCACGAGAUGAAGCCUGUUAGACAAGAAACACCCCAAGCAGGUGCUGCUCAUUUCGACACAUGUUCGAUCUGGAGAAGACAACCCCAAGACAUGAUGCCAAAUAAUACACAAAGCGUUAUGUUUAUGCCACAACUGCACAGAUUUCAGAGCGGUGACACUGACCCUGGUCUGAGGGCAGGACCAAAGUAACUUCAAAAUCAAGAUUGACAACUGAUCUGGGAUUUUUGGAAGAUUUGCUCAUUGGAGUGCUUCAUUCUGGCAGAGCAGGCCAUGAGACUAGGAAACUGAAGUAACGGUGAUGGUGCAUCCACCAGUAGCAAUUAAAUCAGCCAGAUUAAACUCUUGUGAUGUAAUAUCAAGAAAUGUUGAUCAUGUGAAUGUAAAUAUUAAACAGU